AUGCCAGGGUCAGCUGAAUGGAGGAUUGUCCUGUUGGGAAAGACAGGAGCGGGGAAGAGCAGCACAGGCAACACCAUUCUGGGAGAGAACAAGUUCAAGACUUCAUGUCGUGCAAAAUCUGAUACGUCUACAUGUGAGGCUGAAACAGCAACUGUUGAUGGGAGGAAAAUCACUGUGAUCGACACACCAGGGUUGUGUUCAACUGAGUGCACUGAUGAAGAACUAAAACCUGAAAUAGUCAAGUGCAUCACAGAGUGUUCCCCUGGACCUCACGCCUUUGUCAUAGUGCUGUCUGUGGGGAGGCAGACAGCAGAGGAGAAUAAAGCAGUAGAUGACAUUCUGAAAAUGUUUGGGGAGGAGGCUCUGAAGUACGCUGUUGUCCUGUUUACCUACGGAGACCAGCUUGACGACGACAUGACCAUCCGCGAGUUUGUGGAUGAAACUGACCGUCUGAAAGAUCUUGUCCAAAAGUGUGGAAACCGGCUUCAUGUCAUCGAUAACAAACACUGGAAGAGUCCCACUGAAGGCCACGAUGAAGUCAGAAGCAACGCCGUUCAAAUCAGAGAGCUGCUGAACACGAUUGAUCAGAUGGUGACAGAGAACGGAGGAAAGCACUACACCAACGAGAUGCUCCAAGCUGUGGGACAAGCCAUAGAAGAGGAAAUGAAAAAGGGAAAAACCAGAGAAGAGGCCAAACAGAGCAUAUGGCGACGGUUGUUAAACCUGCUAGUAGGCACAACAGUAGGGGCUCUGCGUGGUGCAUUGCUGGGUCUUGUAAGUGGUGUAGCUCAUAUUGUGCGAGCUCUUACAGCACAAACAAUUUAA